CUGACUCCUUGAUGGCCUCCGUCGUCCAAGACGUCAUCCACCUCCCCAACUGCGAAACCUACACCUUCCACAGUGUCUCCGCCUUCACCAUGUUCUUCUACUUCUGGGACACUAUGGGACGACCCCAGGUUAAACAAAACGACACCAACACCAUCAUCCCUCAGGUUCCUUCUCUUGAAGGCUGCUUCACCACCGAGUUUAUUCACUUUGUGUCCUCGCAGUACGAGUUCCACAAGCUUAGUAAGGGUACCAUAUACAACACUACUAGGGCGAUUGAGAGGCCCUACAUGGAGCUAAUAGAGAGGAUCAUUACCACCAAGGCCCAUUGGGCCUUGGGGCCCUUCAACCCUUUGUCAAUGCAAAACACCGGAAGCCACCACCACCCCGCCAUGGAGUGGCUUGACAAGCAAGAGGAAAGAUCCGUCCUUUAUGUUUCCUUUGGGACAACAACAUGCUUUAGCGAGGAACAAAUCAAAGAGGUUGCAAGUGGGUUGGAGAAUAGUAAGGUGAAGUUUUUGUGGGUGGUGAGGGAUGCUGACAAGGGUGAUGUGUUUAACAACGAUGAGGGUGGUGGAGUUGCUAAAAUUCCUAAGGGGUUUGAAGAGAGAGUGAAGGGGGUGGGUUUAGUUGUGAGGGACUGGGCACCCCAAUUGGAGAUUUUGGCACACCCUUCAACCGGGGGUUUCAUGAGUCACUGUGGGUGGAACUCUUGCAUGGAGAGCAUAAGCAUGGGGGUGCCAAUAGCAGCAUGGCCUAUGCACUCUGACCAACCCAGGAACAGGGUUUUGGUGACCGAUGUGCUUAAGGUUGGGAUUGUUGUGAAGGAGUGGGAACACAGAGAUGAGUUGGUGACAAUGCUUGAACUGGAGAAUGCCGUGAGGAGGUUGAUGACGACGGAGGAAGGUGAUGAGAUGAGAGAAAGAGCAUUGAAGCUCAAAAACGCCAUUCACGAGGCUGCAGAUGAAGGAGGUGUUUCUCGCGUCGAGUUUGAUGAUUUCAUUGCACACGUGACUAGAUAGUUUGGUCUAAAUCUAAUUUUGUUUAUAAUUCAGACUAUGUUAUAAUAAUAAUAAUAAUAAUAUAAAUAUAGUGGUAGUGGAUGCUUGGAUGAAGCAUUUAGACUAAAUUAAAUGAAUGUAAAGAUAAAAUUCUAAUUAGAUGGUGUUUCUUGGUGUCAAUAUUUGUAUAGACAACCAAGUUACAUUUAUAGAAUAUGAUCAUGUUUAUUUUUAGAUUUGAAAAAUGUAUUUGGUAGAACUUGUUUGUGUAAGUAUAUGUAAUAGUUGAUCAAAUAAUUUAAUGAUAUAUCUUCAAGGUGUAAGUUCUAUUUUAA